UAAAGCCCAAUUAGAGCAAUUUUUAAUAAUCUCAAAAUCCCAAUUCAAUCAAACUGAGCUCUCUCUCUCUCUCUCUCUCUCUCCACUGGAAAUCCUCUACACACUGUGGGUUUACACGAAAUCUUCAGUUGAAAAGGAUACUAAAUCGCGAUGGGUUCAGAUGCUGAUAUGGAGGAUUAUGGGUUUGAGUACUCCGACGAGGAGCCGGAGGAACAGGAUGUUGAUAUCGAAAAUCAGUAUUACAACUCUAAAGGGUUAGUAGAAACAGACCCUGAAGGGGCGCUUGAAGGUUUUGCAGAAGUGGUGCGUAUGGAACCAGAAAAGGCUGAAUGGGGAUUUAAAGCUUUGAAACAAACUGUUAAGCUUUACUAUAAACUUGGGAGGUACAAGGAAAUGAUGGAUGCCUACAGGGACAUGUUAACUUACAUCAAGUCUGCAGUCACUCGAAAUUACAGUGAAAAAUGCAUAAACAAUAUCAUGGAUUUUAUCUCUGGAUCUGCCGGUCAGAACUUCAAUCUGCUGCAAGAGUUUUACCAAACCACCCUGAAGGCCCUUGAAGAGGCAAAGAAUGAGAGGCUAUGGUUCAAGACAAAUCUAAAGUUGUGCAAAAUAUGGUUUGAUAUUGGCGAAUAUGGGCGGAUGAGUAAGAUUUUGAAGGAGCUUCAUAAAUCUUGUAAAAAAGAAGAUGGUACUGAUGAUCAAAAGAAAGGCACACAAUUGUUGGAAGUGUAUGCGAUUGAAAUCCAAAUGUACACUGAAACUAAAAACAACAAAAAACUGAAGGAAUUAUACCAAAAAGCACUAUCUGUCAAAUCUGCAAUCCCUCAUCCAAGAAUCAUGGGUAUUAUUCGUGAAUGUGGUGGGAAAAUGCAUAUGGCAGAGCGACAAUGGCCAGAUGCAGCCACUGAUUUCUUUGAAGCUUUCAAAAACUAUGAUGAAGCUGGGAAUCAAAGGCGCAUCCAAUGCCUAAAGUACUUGGUUCUGGCAAAUAUGCUGAUGGAAUCAGAAGUCAAUCCAUUUGACGGUCAAGAGGCAAAGCCAUACAAAAAUGAUCCUGAGAUUCUAGCAAUGACAAACCUAAUCGCAGCAUACCAAAGGAAUGAGAUUUUGGAGUUUGAAAAAAUUUUGAAGAGUAACAGGAGGACAAUUAUGGAUGAUCUGUUUAUUCGCAAUUACAUUGAAGAUCUCUUAAAGAAUGUGAGAACUCAAGUGCUGCUCAAACUCAUCAAGCCUUACACACGGAUUCGGAUCCCCUUCAUAUCAAAGGAGCUCAAUGUCCCAGAGAAGGACGUUGAAGAGUUGUUGGUGUCACUCAUUUUGGAUAAUCGGAUUACUGGGCACAUUGAUCAAGUGAAUCGGCUGUUGGAGCGUGGUGACAGGUCAAAAGGAAUGAAAAAGUACACUGCAAUUGACAAAUGGAACACACAGCUGAAGUCACUGUAUCAAACUGUUGGGAACCGAGUAUGUUGAGUCAGUCCCACACAAAAAGUACAGAAAAUUUAUGAUGUUAUUAAGUGUCUGAUUUUGGGAUCUGCUGCUGUAAAAGUAUUAUUGUGUAUCAGUAAGCAUAUUAGGAGAGUACAUUCUCAUUCUUCUCUCUUUUGACGUAGAUUUUGGUCACUCAAUUAUCCAUCUAAAAAAAAGAUUUUUGCUUCUUUUCCUCCA